AUGUUCUCCGCAUCCGAGCAACAGCAGAGUUUAUCCGUAGAGGAUUACUUCACCUCCACCCUCAACGACACAAGCUUCGAAGAUUUCCCACUUCCAGCCGCCGACGAAAGCGAAACGGCGUCGCUUCACCAACCGCUGUCGAAUGCGCGCCCGUCGGUGGAAGAUCUGGUCAGAAUCGCCUCGUCGAAAUUCAUCCAGUCACGCUCCGUCGCCGCCUUGCCCCAGUUUCCAGAGCUCACCGCCCUCUCCGAGGAAGAAUGGCAGAGCGUGGAGCUCGCUCGGCUGCUACUAGAAGCAGCCGAGGAAAUCGGCGCGCGCCGCUUCGCACGCGCGAAGCCGCUGCUCGAGCGGUGCGACUGGGCUUCCUCUCCGACGGGAACUCCGGUGCAGAGGCUGGUCUUCUACUACUCCCGCGCCUUGCGUGACCGAAUCGAUCGCGAAACUGGACGAAUCGCGUCGCGAGACGUGGCGAGAGAGCAGUCGUUCGAUCUGUACAAGGUCAUGAUGACGCCGAGCAUCGCGGCGGCGGAAUUCCACAGGAAAGUCCCCUUCGCGCAGGUGGCCCAGUUUGCCGGGAUCCAGUGCAUCUUCGAACACGUGGAGCGAUCCCGAAACAUCCACAUCAUCGACCUCGGGAUACGGUGCGGGCAGCAGUGGACGAUCCUGAUGCACGCGCUGUCGUCGAAGAAACGGUGUCGCAUCAAGCGGCUCAAAAUAACUGCUGUCACGACUCUGGCCAAGGGCCCGAUCGAGGAGAUUGGGGAACGGCUAGUGGGGUUCGCCCAGACCAUGAACCUGCACUGCUGCUUCGAGGUGAUCGCGGUUAGGGAUUUCGCGGAGCUGAACCGGGCCCACUUCACGCUGGUGCCGGGUGAGGCUGUUGCGGUGUUCGCCGAGCACGUGGUCAGCACGCUGACCGAGCCUUCGAACCGGCUCGACUCGUUGGUUCGGGCGGUACGGAGCCUGAACCCGAGGGUCAUGGUCGUGACGGAGGUGGAAGGGAACCAGAACUCGGUGGCAUUCGUGAGUCGGUUCGUGGAGACGUUGUUCUUCGCGAGCGCGUACUUCGAUUGCCUCGAGAAAUGCCUGGGUGGUCAGGACGAGCCGCUCAGGGGGUUCGCCGAGUCGACCCUGAUGGGAGAAGGCAGCAAGAUUGUGCUGGCGAUCGAAGGGCCCGAGAGGAUUAUUAGGAACAUGAAGGUGGACGUCUGGAGGACUUAUUUUCAACGGUUUGGAAUGGCAGAGGCUAAGUUGAGCUCGUCGUCGUUGUAUCAGGCAGAGCUAGUGGCAAAACGACUGCCGAGUUGGAGUCCUUGUACGGUUGGGAUGGAUGGGAAGAGCUUGAUCGUAGGGUGGAAGGGUAUGCCAAUUAAAUCGGUUACUGCUUGGAAGUUCUGA